CCCGCCGUCAAUAUAUAUAUAACCCGUCUAAUCCCGCCCAAUUCCAUCUCCCGCUCUCUACAGAAUCUCUCAAUAGCUUCCUCUCCUACCCUAUCCCUGAAUCCCUCAGCCAUGACAGAAGAAGAAGCUCCAAAGCUCAUCCCCAACAAACGAAGUGACCCAUCCCCUCCCUACAUGGGGAUAGGGAUCUGCACUGACAGUAAACACCACGGGGUACUGUCGCAAUCGCUUAACAAGAGGUCCCGAAGGACAAGAAAUGGUGAUUCUGCCGAUACAGAUGACUGGUCUUCCAUUUUAAUGAAAGAUCUUCGCACCAGAAGGGUUUUCUCUCCAGUCCCAAGCGCUGUUGACAAACAAGGCAUAAAGGGAUCUGAUAAGGAGGAAAAUCAGGGGAUUCUUUGUGAUUCCCAGAAUUUCCCAAGUACAAAACUUGCUGAUUCUUUGGACGUGAAAGAAGACGUGGGGUAUUCCUGCAAAGAGCAGAUCAUGGAGGAUGACAUCAAUAUUUCCAAUGGUGAGAUUUUGAAUGAAGAAUGUAUGAAAGGAACACCUCCUGAUGCAGAGAUGUUGAGUUAUGGAUUCGCUGAAAAUGAAGGCAGAAAUUCGAAGGAAACGGGACAAGCUUCUCAGGAGCUAUCUAUCGGAAGGGUGCUGAAAAGGGGGUCUGAGAAGAAGGACAUUGACAGUAAUUCUGCAACCAAAGUUGUCCAUAGGCCGUGGUCUCGGCUUAAGGUAUUCAAGGCCCCAGGUUCAAUAAGCUAUAGAAGAUUGCUUCCAUAUCUGAUGGAUAUGGUCAAAAAUGACUCUUGUGCUCCCAAGAAAACUAACUGCCCAAACACAGAGGGUGGUCCAGGAAUAUCGAUGCAUCACUCCCAGAGAGACAGUUCCUUGGAGGGUAAUGCUGGUGAUUCUGAUACUCAGCCACAUUGUGUACAAUUUCUUGUCAAUGGCUCAUCUGGUGCCAGUGACUUAAAUGUAACAUCUCUUGAACAACUUAGUUCAGAGAAGGAUUGUUGCGUGAGUUUUAAUAGCCACAACUCAGUGAACGAUGAUUGUUGUUCGAAGCCUCUUGUGAAUGAAGAGAACGGAAAAAUUGAGAUAGGGGCAUCUUUAACUGUGCACGCUUCUUGUUUUGUUGGUUGUUCUACUGAUACAAAUCCUGUUAAUAGCGAAGAGAUGGAAAGAACUGAUGUUGGGAUUUCUUGUUAUUAUCAAGAUGUUAUGGAUGCAAGGCAGAGCUUCUCGUUGAUCAAGGAGAAGCACCAAUUAAAUGAAAGUGAUGAAGAUGGUCGACAUUUUGAUCAUACUACAGCAUAUGACACUGUAGGUGUAGAAGAAAUUGACACGAUGCAUCCUUCUGAAGCUGUUGGUCUAAAUCAUAUAGGCCCUGAUUUGUUCGAUACUGAAAGAAUCAGCAGGACUUGUCACACGAAGAAGGAAGUUGAUCUUAAAGGUGGUGUUUUGGAAAAAAGUGAUGACUCAAAUGAAGAGUCUAUCCAGCUGACCCCAGUCACUCCACGGGAUAGUGAUAUUUUUGAUAAACCAGAGGCCUACACCAAUGUGAAUAGCAGAGUUAAAUGUGUCUCAAAGAGAGUUGAUCGAGUUAUUGGGAGGCCAUUGGAUGAAACAACCCCCAGAAGCAAUAGAUUUGCUGGUGAUAACAUAAUGGACUCCAAGAUUUCUAAAAGAAAAUUGGGUUUAAAUCCAUGCUCACAGCUGAAGCUAUUUAAGACUCCAAGCUCAUUCAGCUAUAGAAGAUUGCUUCCAUAUCUGAUGGAUAUCACCAAAGACAGUUCUGGUGCUUUGGGAAAUGUUCAUUAUCCAAAACUUGAGAAGCGCUCAGAAGAAUAUCCAGUCUCUCUACUCUCACAACUAUCAACUUCUUACCGUAAUGAGAAUCCCAUUGAGAAGUCUGAUGGAGAAUGUUAUCUUGUGAAAUGUGAUUCUGGCCCUUCACGUACUGGGCAAAUCGCUGUGACAGCUACCAAUGAUGCAUAUAAUGAUGCUCAACCAGAUUCAACAUCUGCUGAACACAACUCCAAAACUCCAGUAUCACUUGGCUCACCAGAAAAGGAGAUUACAGCAGAUGUUAUAUCAGAUAAAGAUAAGCAGUUAGAGGCUGUCCUUGAUAUUGUGCCUUCAGUUCAUGGAAGCUGCUCACCACCUAUGUCAUUAUGUUUUGUCUCUGAAUGUAGCCUGAACUCAGGGGCACCUGAAUUACCUGUCGUUAAUGAAGGGGGCUGUAUGGCAUCAGUAUUGAAACUAACUAAUUGUGCAAAGCCAGAGGAAGCAGACUCAUCCCAAGUUGAAGUCUCCGAUCCCUCGGGAAUUCCUCCUCUUGGACCCAAGAGGAGUAUUCUUAAGAGAAAUCCAAGAGGAUGCAGAGGAAGUUGCGAAUGCUUAAACUGUGCUUCCUUUCGCCUCCAUGCAGAAAGGGCAUUUGAGUUCUCAAAAAAUCAGAUGCAAGAUGCUGAAGAAGUGGCCUAUGAUUUGAUCAAUGAACUCUCUCACCUGAGGACUUUACUGGAGAAAUCAACAUCUGGUUCCGAUGAUCACCUUGCUGUCUGUACUGAUCAGGUGAAAGAAGCCUGCAGGAAAGCAUCUGAAGCAGAAGAACUAGCAAAAACACGGCUUAAAGGAAUGAAUUAUGAUCUCAGCAUCCACUGCAGAAUCACAUGUGGAGAGCGACCACGAGUUAGUUUCGCAAAUGGAGUGGACGAAAGAGUCAUUCCACAUGCAGACGUUUGAAGCAAAGCCUAAUCAAGACAAAUGAUGCACUUUGUAUGAUUAUGAUUGUUUGGUUUGGUGUAUUUUUGCCCUUAUGCCUGCCUCCUGAGUACAUCACAGACAGAUCAAAUUUGUUGUUUGCUACAAAUUUUUUGCAGAGAUGCGUUUAACAGUUGCUUAAAGAUGUUACUCAGUGAGUUGUACACAGCAGCUUCAGUUUUUCAAGUUUGAUCCCAAGAGAAUGAAAAUAAGAAAAUAUAAUUUGUUCA